UGUACCUGUCGCUGGGAGACGAGGAGCGCCUAGGCUCCUGGGGACACGGUGUCUGUAACUGCGCCGCGGACCACGCCGAGGGGCCCUCCUCCCUGCGGCGGCACCAUGGCGCAGACGGACGCGCUCCUGACCAAGCAGCCCGCCCCGCAGACGGUGCCGGCGUGCGAGCUGCCUCGCAAGCUGUACGACGUAGCCCGCAACACGGGCGCCAAUACGUCCUCCGGCCUGGCCACCGCCGGCUUCCGCACGGCCAAGUACCUGGUGGACGAGUGGUUCCAGAACUGCUACGCCCGCUACCACCAGGCCUUCGCCGACCGCGACCAGUCGGAGCGGCAGCGGCACGAGAGCCAGCAGCUGGCGGCCGAGACGGAGGCGCUGGCGCGGUGCACGCAAGAGGACUCCACCAGGAGGGUGGGCGAGCGCCUGCAGGACACGCACUGCUGGAAGUCGGAGCUGCAGCGGCAGGUGGACGAGCUGGUCGCCGAGACUGACCUGCUGCUGGCCCAGAAGCAGCGGCUGCAGUGUGCGCUGGACGCCACGGCCGCGCCUUUCUCCAUUGCCACUGACAACCUGCAGUGCCGCGAACGCCGCCAGCACCCCGACCUCGUGCGGGACCACGUGGAGAUGGAGCUGCUCCAGGAAGCUGAGCUCAUCCGGAACAUUCAAGAGCUCCUGAAAAGGACCAUCAUGCAGGCUGUGAACCAGAUCCGGCUGAACCGGGGGCACAAGGAGACCUGCGAGAUGGACUGGUCUGACAAGGUGGAGGCGUACGCCAUCGACGAGACCUGCGCCGGCUACCACAACCAGAGCGCCCAGGUGCGGGUCUACCCGCACUCCACCAGGCUCCAGGAGAGCGCCUCCACGCCCGAGACGUGGGCCAAGUUCACCCAGGAAAACCUGCACCGCGCCGAGCGCGAGCGCCUGGCCUCGGUCAACCUGAGGGAGCUCAUCGACUGCAUCUUGCGGGACACUGCUGAGGACCUGCGGCUGCAGCGCGACGCCGUGAACCUGGCCUUUGAGCGCCGCUGCGAGGAGCUGGAGGACACGCUCCACAAGCUGGAGCAACACCUGCACAAGACGCUGCGGGAGAUCGCGGACCAGGAGCGCAACGUCGCGGCGCUGAAGCAGGCCAUCACGGACAAGGAGGCGCCUCUCAAGGUGGCCCAGACCCGUCUGUACCAGCGCUCCCACCGGCCCAACGUGGAGCUCUGCCGGGACAACGCCCAGUUCAGGCUGGUGAGUGAGGUGGAGGAGCUGAACUUGUCCCUGGCUGCCCUGAGGGAGAAGCUUCUAGAAGCUGAGCAAUCCCUGCGCAACCUGGAGGACACGCGCAUGAGCCUGGAGAAGGACAUCGCCGUGAAGACCAACAGCCUGUUCAUCGACCGUCAGAAGUGCAUGGCCCACCGCACCCGCUACUCUUCCGUCCUGCAGCUGGCUGGCUACCAGUAACCCCCCCAAUAAAGCCCAUUAGCUUCC